GUGAGCUAGAGGAAUGGGCCAAAUCAUGCUCAGCAGUUCCACCGAAUCAAGAAACAGCUUUCGUAAUCGGCUAUGACAUAGACCAUGAGAAUGGACGUUUUCGUAUGGUAUACAGUAGUAGGAAACUAUUGAGUCUGCUCAUGUCAUUCUGCACUGUUGCCGCAGACUGCACUUUUAAAACCACACUGCAAGGAUACCCAUUAAUGGUCAUUUGCGUAAUCGAUAACAUGCGACAUGCUCAUCCAAUUGCAUUCGCAACCAUAACCAGACAAGAAGAAGUUGAUUAUUGCUACGUGUUUGCCACAAUUGCGAAUAAAUGCAAAUACUUCGGAAUAAGACUUGCAGUAUCAACGUUCAUCUCUGACGGUGAGAUCGCUUUAAAAAAAGCAGCAAUGGAAGUGUUCGGUGAGGAUGUUAAUAUAGUGAACUGCUUCUUUCAUGUGAUGCAGAAUGUUCGCAAGCAUCUGAAGAAAAACACUAGAGAGUCAAAGGAGCAAGCUGAACAACUGCAGAAAGUUAUAGGACGCUUGCAGGUCUCUCCUUCGAAACAACAUUUUGAGCUUGCGUGCGGACUAUUAAAGGCGAAGUAUUUCGAAUGUCCUGACUUUCUUACAUUUUUUGACAAAUACAUGAAUGAUAAGUUUUUCAUGAAUUGGUACGAAGCAUACCAGCCUGGUUGUCCAGCAACGAACAAUGCCCUAGAGGCCGUGAACAGAGCAAUUAAAGAAUGUCACCUGAUGAAAGAGCGAGUUCCAUUUGGAGUUUUCAAAACUCGAAUCCUAACAGUACUGGAAAGCUAUUCAACGCCUAGCCGGGUGAUUAAAUAUACGAGGGAGUACGGUUUAGACAUCGAAAGAAAGGCAUUCAACUGGCUCAAUAACGGCAAAAAAUAUCGCACGGUGAACGACUUCGACAAAGGAUCGACAUACGUGUAUCUUCCAGGAGAAGAGAAAAAAGAUGUUUCCGUUCAUGAUAUCGAUGUUUUUCGCAAUCCACGCUACGCAAAUUUCGACGAAUUCAGCAAGAGCAUCGGUAAUAUCCAUCGUGUUGAAGUCACGGAAGCUGAUUGGCGAGCAUGGAAUUGUACGUGUUACACAUUUUUCAAAUCGAACUGCUGCCAUCACAUUGUAGUAGUCGCAGUGUCACGUGGUUGCUACAAACUGCGACCCGAGGCGAACACUCUUUCGCUCACCCAUAAACGGCUACCUGGUAGGCCUAAGAAAAUGACUCAAGCGUUGCUGAUUGAUUAGCAGGACAUGAUCCAUACCCUCAAGAUCUUGUUGUUACAACUUUUAUAAGACAUAUUUUUAAUCAUUUGUAUUUCUUGAAAAAGUAUAUUUCUGAAGUGAAAUAUUACCAUUUUUAACAUGUUCAACAUACAUAUAAAACACUGUUUUAAUAAAGCGAUUGUCUAAUUUAAAAGAAUAA